AAGAGUGAUAUAAAUAGCUUUAUUUUGGAAAUGUCAGUAUAUACAAUACACUGGAAAUUAUGUCCUUUGCAGCUAUUUAAAUUACAAUGAAAAAUUUUGUGUCCACUUGAAAAUGUGUGAGGGCUUCUAUAGAUCUCGUAUAGGGUCCAUGUCAAGGUAUGGGCUGUAGGACCUGGAAGGAGCCUGAUGGGUUCAUCCCUCGGUUUGCAGAUGAGGGCACUGAGGACCAGGGAGGGUUAAUUGAUUUUCCCAAAGCCACAGAGUUGGGCCCAGAACCCAAGUGUCCUUUUUUUGCUCAUUCCUUUCACUACUUCUUGGGCCUCCACUGUGCUCUGAAAUCCCCCCACCAGUUUUGAGGAAUGAGGGAGGAAGACAAAAAGGGAUCUCAAAGCAAUUACUGAGUAACAGGGACUUCUCUUGGAUAGGUUGCUCGCCACCCUAUGGCUCCAGCCCCAGCGGUCAGGCUGGGAGGCCAAGUCUUACAUGCAGCUAAGGCCUAGGGAAACUGGGGACACAACCUAAGGUUUCGAUGGACUCCAGGCUGGGGGUUUUCCUUCUGGAGUCUCCUCCGCUUCCUGUCACCUGGGUGUAAACCUGAUCUUUGGGGCAUUGAGAGUCCAACCUGGGUUGGGUGGGGGUGACUUUGGCUUACCAGAGACAGGCAAACCCAAGCAGGCUGUGGACAAAAACAAUCCUGAACAGCAGGCGUGGCCCUGAAACAUGAACUAGAACAUGGUCUGAGCUGGGGACAGAGACCUAGAGGGUCAAGAGGACACAGGACUAAUAAGGGAGGACACAGGCUGCUGUCAGGACACAUACCCGAGGCAAGAACCCUGUUGACGUGGCAGUCCUCUGCCCUGGCCCCUUACUGCCCCCCGCCCCUCUCCCUCGCCUGCCAGCUGCCAACAGGGCUCUGCCCUGUGUCUGCCACACCUGUCACUGCCUGUCCUUGUCUGGUGGGGGGGGGCCAUCAGCCCCUCCUCAGCUGCCCAGCAGAACAAGCCGUUAGUGGGGAGGGGAGGGAACAUGGAGAGGGGGCCGGUGGUGGGGGCAGGGCCCAGGGCCGGGGCCCGGAUCCGGGCACUGCUGGGCUGCUUGGUUAAGGUGCUGCUCUGGGUGGCCUCUGCCUUGCUGUACUUUGGAAGUGAACAGGCCGCCCGCCUCCUGGGCAGCCCCUGCUUACGGCGCCUCUACCACGCCUGGUUGGCAGCAGUGGUCAUCUUCGGGCCCCUUCUGCAGUUCCAUGUCAAUCCUCGGACCAUCUUCGCCAGCCACGGCAACUUCUUCAACAUAAAGUUUGUAAAUUCGGCGUGGGGCUGGACAUGCACCUUCCUGGGGGGCUUCGUCUUGCUGGUGGUGUUCCUGGCUACACGGCGUGUGGCAGUGACUGCCCGGCACCUGAGCCGGCUGGUGGUGGGGGCAGCUGUGUGGCGGGGGGCCGGCCGGGCCUUCUUGCUCAUCGAGGACCUGACCGGCUCCUGCUUUGAGCCUCUGCCCCAGGGCCUGCUGCUCCACGAGCUGCCUGACCGCCGCAGCUGCCUGGCAGCCGGCCACCAGUGGCGGGGCUAUACCGUCUCCUCCCACACCUUCCUGCUCACCUUCUGCUGCCUCCUCAUGGCUGAGGAGGCGGCAGUGUUCGCCAAGUACCUGGCCCACGGGCUGCCGGCCGGUGCGCCCCUGCGCCUCGUCUUCCUGCUCAACGUGCUGCUGCUGGGCCUCUGGAACUUCUUGCUGCUCUGUACCGUCAUCUAUUUCCACCAGUACACUCACAAGGUGGUGGGCGCCGCCGUGGGCACCUUUGCCUGGUACCUUACCUACGGCAGCUGGUAUCAUCAGCCCUGGUCUCCAGGGAGCCCGGGCCAUGGGCUCUUCCCUCGCCCCCACUCCAGCCACAAGCAUAACUGAAAGAAAUAAAGGCACAUCAGGCCUGGC